AUGCCCCCGAAAGACACGGCCGUGCCCCCCGGGGGCGUCGUGGGGGCCCGGGGAAGAGGUUAUGACAGAUACUACAAUAAAUAUAUCAACGUCAAGAAAGGGGGCCUCGGUGGUAUCUCCAUGGUGCUUGCUGGUUAUGUUGUUGUCAGCUACAUCUGGAGCUACAGUCACCUGAAACAUGACCGCCACAGGAAGUACCACUGACGUGUGAAUUCCAGAACGUGAAGCUCUUGAACAGAGUUGGCUACUGGAAGAGACACCCUGACAGAAAACGUCAGGACUACUAAAGCCUGUACCAUUAUGACCAAUAAUAAAGUGCAUACACUUUACAUUUACUGAGCUG